AUGGGGCACGAUGAUAACGAAGCUAUCGGCUGCAAGGCGUUGAGUCGAAACAUCCAGCAGCAACUUUCAAAGCAGUGGUGGUGCCGCCGCCUCCGCCGGUCUCGGCGCUCCAAACACGCCGAAGUUAGCAGCGCCGCCUCUUCUUCGUGCUCAUCGGUUGGGAUUCAAUUAUUUUCGACCUUUUUCGUCACACCAAAGGAGCUGGCCGCCAGACUGCGCAAGCGGGAGAAGUUCCUCGAGCGACGGCAGCGUCAGCGGCAGCGUAUACGACGCCGGGAACUGAAUCAACUCCUUCAUGGCAGUCGGCUUUGCAAGGAAGAAGCUAACGCCACCCUCCGUGUCGUAUCGGGCGUCUCUGGCGGUGGCCACGUGCCGUUGGCGCUGAUGCAGCCAGGAGUGUCGGAAGAUGACGCGGAGGAACUUUCCUCCAUGCUGACAACGUCCCGUUUAUUAUUCACGUCUGUGAACCGAUCUGCCGCAGCGUGCGUUGGUGUCAGGGCGGCGAGUCGUACGCUUCGUAGGGAGUGCCACGGUCUUGCCUCGUGGAUCUGUCCCAUGCUUCUUCACACCGCGUCCCGCACACGCCGUGCAUUCUGUAACACUCCCCUGUUGGAGUAA